AUGUAUUUCGUGCCUCCAAGUGCUGCUAAUAUGGAGAAAUACUGCAUGCGUCUACUUUUAUUGCAUGUUCGUGGCCCUCAAAGCUUUGAUAAUUUAAAAAACGUCAAUGGUGUUCAAUAUGUCACAUUUCGUGAAGCUGCUCAAUCCAUGGGACUCUUAGCAAACGAGGAUGAAUGGCAUUUUUGUCCGGAUGAAGGAUACGCGAUGAUAAGAACUGGAUCCUCUCAGGUGCGAGAUCUUUCUGUAACCAUUCUGAUAUUUUGCACUAUCUCCACCUACAAACAACUAUGGGAUAAUCACAAGGUUCAACUGUCUGAAGAUUUUAUUCAUAAAAUUCAACAAUCUCAAGCUGUUCCACAAGAAUUGACUGAUGCUCAGCUGGAAUCUUGCUAUCAAAAGGCAUUGAUUGACAUUAGUAGAAAAUUAAUGACGCAUGGAAAAUCAGUCAAGAAUUAUCCAGAGCUGCCCCAAAUCGAUGAAUCUGUUUUCAAUCAGGAGGAUGAAGAGCUUCGAUCAUUAUUUGAUCAAGAGGUAGUUGGGUAUAAUCUGGAGACUUUGGCUACUGAAGUUCGAAUUUACGAGGAAAGGAUGAACGCUGAUCAGCUUCAAAUAUACAACACUGUGCUUAAUUCUGUAAACAAUCCUGGCCUUGGUAUCCCUACAUGUUUCUUCAUUGAUGGUCCCGGUGGUACUGGAAAAACGUAUCUGUAUCAUGCUCUUCUCACUAAGGUUAGAGCAGAAUCAGGAAUUGCUUUGGCAACUGCUUCCUUAGGUAUCGCAGCAACUCUUUUACCAGGUGGUCAUACUGCUCACAGUACUUUCAAGAUACCUCUCAAGACAGACCAAACAUCAACCUGCCACUUCUCAAAACAAUCAAACACUGCUAAACUUUUGAAGGAAGCAAAGCUGAUUAUUUGGGAUGAAGCACCAAUGACUCACAAGCACGCAUUUGAGGCUGUAGACAGAUCGCUUCGUGAUUUGAUGUCCUCAGUACAUCCUUCUUAUGCUGGAAAGCCUUUUGGUGGAAAAGUUGUUGUUCUUGGAGGGGAUUUUCGUCAAGUUCUCCCGGUAGUCAAGAAAGGUAGAAGGGCAGAUGCAGUUGCAGCCUCUUUGGAGGCAUCAUACUUGAUGUCUCAUACUAAAAGUCUCAGACUGACUCAAAAUAUGAGACUCACCAACGAUGAAGGCCCUUCCUCAUCUCAAUUCGGUUCUAACAAUUUCGCUCAAUACUUGCUCCGUAUUGGUGAAGGAUCUAACCAACAUCAAUUUGGUGAUACUCUGGCCAUUGACCCCCAUUUGGAUUGUAGUUACAUUGAAAGCUACAGCGAGAUUAUUGAAAUUGCUUUUCGUGAUGUAUCUAUGAUGUCUUCACCGACAUCCUUUAUAGACAUAACUAUCCUGGCAGCAACGAAUGCGGUGGUGGAUCAGAUAAACGAUCUAGCUCUGGCAGCGUUUCCUGAAGAAUCUGUUGUAUAUCUAUCCAACGAUGAACAUAUCAUUGAUUCAGGGUCUCCGUCUAAUACACCUGUUGAGUAUCUGAAUAAGUUGAAACCUUCUGGAAUGCCUCCACAUGAACUAAAGCUGAAAGUCAACCAGCCUAUUAUGUGCCUUCGAAACAUCAAUCCAAGGCAAGGCCUAUGCAAUGGAACCCGUCUUAUAGUCAGAAACUUGAUGAGAAAUACGAUUGAAGCCGAAAUUGCAUGCAGUAGCCACCAAGGGAACUUUGUAUACAUUUCAAAAGUUCGCUGCACAGUGACCAAGACACCGCAGAACUCGAGGGAAAGCUGUCAAGAACGCAAUUUCCAGUGCAAAGUGCCUUCGCUAUCACUAUAA